AUGAGCACCUCUGCGCCGAAUGUAGACUUGAAGUCACGCGGCCUUCCAACAACUUCUGUCGUAGCAGCAGUUACUCUGGUUCUUGGACUGGUUUUUUUCAGCGCCUCAAAAGCUGGACAAGAUGACACCGAGGCUGUGGAAACUGGAUUCAUUGGAUGGCUACUCUGGGCAGCUACACGGUUUGGCCAAAUGCUGUUGGUGCUCUGUGUUCUAUUCAUUGUUGUUUUGGUGUCGCGCCAGCGCUCCAUCCUGUACGUGCCAGUUCCGCCUGGAACACAGCGGUCGCCAAAAAUGGGCCCGCGAAUGUUUCGGAGCCCAGAGGAAUGGCAGCUACCCUAUGAAGAUGUCACCAUCUUGACCGAGGAUGGUGUGAGACUUGCGGCUUGGUUUGUUUACCAGCCUGCUGCCGGUUCUGCGGACGCGGUGCCUUACACUAUCUUGUAUUUCCAUGGAAAUGCUGGAAACAUCGGCCACCGCUUGGAGAAUGUGAAAGACAUGUACAAGCAGUUGUCUGUCAAUGUGUUGAUUCUCGAUUACCGUGGCUACGGCGAUUCUGAGGAUGGAAGCGGCCCAUCGGAGCAUGGCUUCUUGCAGGAUGCAGAGGCUGCGUACCGGUGGCUCGUGCAGCGGGCUCGAAAGUCAGGUGUCAAUGGCGGCUCCAUGCAGAUUCGCGACGAUCGAAUUCUCUUCUUUGGCCGUUCCAUCGGUGGCGCAGUGGCAGUCAAGCUUGCUGCCCAUGUGCCGCUUGUUGGUGAUUGGCAAGAGACGGACAAGUCUUUGGUUUUGCGUAUCGAGACGAAGCAUGUGUGA